GGCAGACUCUCAGGCUAUAAAUCCAUCUUCUGUCGUUCACUCAAUUCGCUCUCUCUAUCUAUGGACUAAGUGGCCUUCCUCUCGUUUGGCAACCUGACCUCGUUUCUCCUGGUCCGGUUCUUCUCAUCACCAUGUCCAGGAUGAUCUUUGGGCUCGUGCUGGCCCUGUUCCUGGCAUGUCCAGCAAACAGCGGUUCUCUGAAAGACAUCGAACAUGUCGUUAUUUUCAUGCAGGAAAAUCGGUCAUGGAACAGUGUACGCGUCUACAGGAUACCUUUCGAGCCCAACUCGCUUUUCUUGAUGGUUCUUCUCUGACGGCAUCUCAUAGUAUUUCGGCACAAUGGCCGGAGUUCGAGGCUUCAACGAUCCCAAUGUCCAGGUGAAUAAGGAUGGAUCGCCAGUUUGGCUCCAGUUAGUAGCUAAUCAACCAUUCUCCGUUGAACUGGUCGCAUGGAAUUCUAACGGAACUGGCCUUGCGUUGGUAGACAGGUCGACCAAGACAUGUCUACUGCCACCACAACCUUACUCCCUUGGUACCUUGGAUAUCAAGGUGGGAGUUCCCACAAUGCAAUUCAGUGCAUGACAGCAGGCGACAAUGGAUACAUAAGCAACCAUGCCGCCCUCAACAAUGGUUUGAACAACUACUGGGCCAAGAAAAAUACCCCCUGGAGCUGGGGAUAUCUUAAGAGACAGGAUAUCCCGGUCCACUUCGCCAUUGCUGAGGGUUGGACAUCCGGUGAUAUGUAUCAGGAAAGCCAAAUCACUGCAACAAACCCUAACCGUGCUACUUUAGUGAGUGGCUCGGUGAAUGUGCCUGGUAGUCCAGGUUUCCCAAAUGGGGGAGGGCCUUACCUUGAUAAUAAUGAAACUCCAGGCUGCGAGGACCUUUAUCUGAACUGCUACCCUCUGAAAUGGAAGACCAUUUAUGAAUACUACGAGGAGGCCGGAGUUUCGUGGCAAGUGUUCCAAGAUAAGGACAACUUUGAUGACAACCCCCUUGCAUGGUUCAAGCAGUUCCAGGAUGUCCCUAGUUCUUCUACCUUGGCGCAAAAGGGGUUGGCAUUUCUGGGCCUCGAAGCCUUCUAUGAGGCAGCCGCCAACGGGACUCUCCCUGAGAUCAGUUUCAUCGUCGGACCAGCAGAACUAUCAGAACAUCCACCCUAUAUGCCAAAAGAUGGCGCGUGGCUUCAAAAGAAGGUCGUCGAUGCCGUCCUUAAGAGCCCCAAGUACUCGUCGACCCUUCUCAUGAUCAGCUACGAUGAGUCUGGUGGUUUUGGCGACCACGUCGUCCCAUUUCACUCUCCUCCAGGCACCCCAGGCGAGUGGAUGCAGGACCCUUAUGGGGAAUUUGGCGACGUCUUUGUUGGACCAGGCGUCCGAGUGCCGUUCUAUAUGAUCUCUCCUUGGACGCGCGGCAAUCGGGUCUUCACCGAGAGAGCAGAUCACAACUCGCAGAUUCUUUUCCUCGAGCAAUGGUUGACUGCAAGGGGCUAUAAAAAUAUCCAGACGGACCAAAUGGUGCCCUGGCGUCGAGAACACAUGUCCAACCUGGUUAAUGCUCUGGAUCUCGACCACCCUGACUACAGCAUUCCGUAUAUCCCCGAGGCCGAGGCGCCUGCCGUCAACGACAAUGGGGAGUACGUUGGUACCUCCAACUGUGAAGCCACCUACCCCCAACCCCGGCCAUCUGUCCCGUAUGGCAAGCAGCAGAACAUUUCCGACGCCCUGUGGUUCGAAGAUGGUUUUAAGGAAUGCGUCGGAUACCUGACUGAAGGCCGUUAUUUGGUCUUUGAGAUGGCUGGUUUGGCACUGACGAACUUGGGCAAGGGGUUCCCCCCACAAGUGAUUCCCACCGCAGCAACCCCCCGUCAUGACGAUAAAAGGCAGCGAUGGAUUAUCCACUAUAACGCCAAUGAGGAGAACGGUGUAUUCACUAUCGCGAGUGCUUUGGAUGGAAGAUGGAUCGGAUAUGGCGGGGUUCUGGUUGACAACUACGAUGAAGCAGCUCCGUCGAAGAUCAAAUUCCUUGGGAAUGGUAAAGGUUAUGCUAUUCAAUAUGCCACUUACAACUCGGCCAAGGCACUUCCUUUCAUUACUAUUACUGAAAACGGGGGCCUGGGCUUCGGGUCUGAGCCGGAGAUAGGGUACAAGGUGUGGAGCGUUUCCUACCACGACUGAAAGAUAUGCUGAAGCAUGGUAAAUUCGAGAGAAUAUGGAAAAUUCAGGGUUUAAAUGGGGUGAUAUUAUAUUUAAUUUCCAACACCUUGCUAUUUGAAUGAAAGUCAGGCACAGGUAGCUGCAGCAUUAGCCCAUGAACAAUGGCUCAAAAUGGACAAUAAAAGUAAUGAAC